CUGUACUGUUGACGACUAAACAAGCACUCUAGUGAAUCUGGCUCUGAUGAUUUAUGGGUGCGGCGACAAUUUGCUGGACGCUCUGCGAGAAAGGACGACCUGUAUUCCCGUCCAGAUACCGAUGUGGCCAACGUGGGCAGUGCCAAUGACGAGGAUAAGGGGCCUCACAUAAAUGUUUUGGCGCACGCGGAAGAUCGCACUCCCAACACUCGAAUUAUUGUAUAUCGACAAAAUAAGAAGGAGCCUGCGGCAACAAAGGACGAACCAGCCAUUUAUCCUGAAUCACCAGAACCAGAACCACCACCACCGCACCCACCUCCAGUCCUGCAGCAUCGCAAGCACUACGAUCGACAUGCUCACAUAUUGUGGCUGCUGGUCCUGGGUUAUAUCACAGGCAUUGUCUUGGUGCUCUUCUGGUAUAUGUUGCAUCCACAGCGAGCCAAGCGGGAUCUCACUAUCAGUUGGCUGCUCAUAGUGCUGCUCAUGCUGCUGCUCCUAAUCCUUUGCCACAGUCGCGCUGCCCGUUGUGUGGUCACUCUGCUGCUCCCUUCGAUGGGCAGCGUCCGAGGUCGACUGCUGAUGCUGGUCAUGGCUUUAUUUGUGGCCAUGCGUGGUCCCGUUAUGAACAUACUGCAGAACAUAACGGUGCUGAUGCAUAGCCUCAGCUGCGGCCAGUUGCUGCUGCAUCAGGCCAUAACGCCCAUGCAUGACGUCAUGUGUAGACCCAUCUACGCCGUGGAGCAGGCCAUCUUUGCGAUGCUCAGCCAGGUGCGCAGGGUCAUGCAUCGGCUGGAGCCAGUCCUGGAGGAACUGGAGCUGAAACUGGUGCGCAUACACGCCGCCUUUCAGUUUGUCCUUGCCUGGCUGCUGCAGCAGCAGAACUCCUUUGAGAAUCAAAUGGGCACGCCCCAUGAUCGCUGCCUGCGCGCUGGACAGCUCAGCACCAAGGAGUGUCUGCUCAAGUUUGGCCAGGACAAGGUCGAAUGCCAGCUGCAGCAACGUUUCGAUUGGUUUUGCGGCAAUCUCAAGGAUGUCGCUGGCUUCUUCUGCGAGAAGCCGCAGCUACCAAUGCAAAUAUUUAAAUGUCUGCAGCAGCGCUUGGCUCUCAUACGCCGCAUCUUUGAGGUGAGCAUUACCUUUGAGCAUCUACAACAAGACCACGAUACCCAUCGCAGCAAUAGCUCCGAGCUGGAAGCGGCCGUCGACGAUCAGUUGGCAGCAGAAUUCAAUAAAUUUCUUUAUGUUUUUAUCUGCUUGAAUAUGUUGCUGCUUCUAUUGCUACUAAGCAUUGUCUGGCACGCCAAUUGCUUUCGCUGGAGUUAUCUGUUCAGCAAGGAGUUUGGCAAUUUCUAUGUGACUCGGGACUUUUACGACUCCGAGGAUGAUCAUAAGCGAAAUAAAGGAUACGCCGCUUUGCCGCUGCACAGCACUGAGCAAUCCAAAUUCGUCAAGCUUUGCUCGUUUAGUGUGCUGCCGAUGGAAUCGCGUCAUGCUCGAUCUUUCUUUUGGUUCUGGCUGCUCAUUUGUCUGCAGCUUGGCACCAUCUGCUUUGUGGACUACAGUCUACACUGGAUGCUGACCAUCAUGUCCUUCUAUACUUAUCAAACAUCUGAGCUUUUGCCUCCAACGUAUACUAAACUAUGCAUUAGUCAUGGUGGAUUCCUGGGCGACAUACUGCGUGGUCUUGUGCAAGCCUUUGAGCCACUGGUCAAGUACCUGCUGGGCGAUAUACAUCACUGCUUACCACUGCCCAGUGCGCCCAAUUAUAUGAACUAUUUGCAGAUCAUAGUGCUCGGCUUAGGCGUCUGGUUGUUGCUUUUGCUGGAGCCGUAUACUCAACGUCUGCAUCAUUGUAUUAUGGGUUGCUUCUAUCCGGAUCGGGCGCGCAGACGAGCUCAAUAUUUAUACACAAGCAUAGUGCUCAACAGAGAUGAGCUGAUCACUACAGUUCGACGUAGAGCGCUGCUAAAGCAAAAGUUUGAGGAUAAAAAUCCUGCCUGCAUUAAUCGUUGCUGUCCUUGUCUAGUCUAUUGCUGGCGUAACUGCAUAAUAUGUCAAAAGUCUUUAAGCAGAAAAUCAGCUGUUUACUGUGAUACGAAGAAUUGCCCGGGAAUCUUCUGCAAACAGUGCUUCAUUGAUUCCAAUUGUCAUUGCAUAUUCUGCAAUCCACCUGCGUCUUAUGGCGAGAGAGAUAAUAUUUCAUAUGUUGGCGAUUCAUCGGAGGAUGAGACCAAUGACUGUCCAUAUCGACCAGAUAAUAUAUACUGCGACUAUUCUCGUGAUCAUUGUGUAGGCAGACACAAGAGCGCCUAGAACUCUGUGAUUAUAUACAUAUAUAAGCCUGAUAUUAAUAUAAUCUG